GCCGUGCGCGUGCCCAAGGUCACCAAGUGUGGUCACGUGUACUGCUGGCCCUGCGUCCUCCAGUUCUUCAGCUACAGCGAGGACGUUUGGCGGCGGUGCCCCGUCUGCUCCGAGCAGACGUGCCAGGCCGACCUGCGCACCGUGCGCUUCGCCGUGCGGACGUCCUCCGAGGCGUGGGUGACUUCACCCUCCUCGGGCGCGAGCGGACCGGCGUCGUGCCUGUGCCCGUCGGCUUGCCCGUCAAACGGACUCGCGUGUGCCCAUUGCGGAUGAUGCGCAUGCCAGGUUCAGCCGCGUGGUCCGGGCAGGCUGCCGCUACGGCUUCGAGCAAGCCGCCGUCGAGCUCGCCGACCUGGAGCGGCUCCGUGCCACGAGCCUCGCGUCCGGCGAGACCGAGCGACUGCCCUACAUCGCGACCGCCGCGUGCCUGGCGAGGUCGCUGCAGGGCCCUGGCGAGGAGGGCGGCGGCGGCGGGCCGUCGUCGUCCUCGUCCUCCUCCUCCUCCGGGCCCGCGGCGCCGGACAGCUACGAGGCGAAGGUGCCGCCGCUGCCCCCGGUCGUCGACGACAUGGAGCCCGAGAAGGGGGCCCUGCUACUCGGGCGGCGGACGGGCAGCUGAUCUACUGGGAGCCGUUCUACACCCGGGUCCUGGUCCACGAG